ACCGAGAAAAAUAUCUUCCUUCGAACCCUAACUUUUUUUUUUCCAAUUAAGGGAUCUUUGUACUAGAGAAUAGAGAUAGAGAUAAACCACACUGGUAAUAAAUUGAAGAUUGUCAAAUUUGUCGGAAUCCUUGAUCAACACACACAUGUUCUCGAUUAUCGAUUCGAUCUCCUCCUAGUCUUGUAAUUUUUGCUGGAAAAUUUUCGUUGUGUCUGAAAACUCCACCAGUGAUCGGUGUCAAGCUCCAUGGAUACCGAACUGAAUUCACCACCGCAUGAUGAUGGAGGUGAUACCACAACCGCUUUUCGAAAGCCUUCCAAUGACGGGCCUAGCAGAAAAUAUCGUCGUCGAGCUUUAGCUGACGAUGGCUCAUCUUCAUCUGAUGGAAGUCCUGAACGUAAGCAGAGCCCUAAUCCAAAGCAUUCUAGGGGAGAUAUUAGGAAAGAUUCUGAACCACUUCAUGCGAGGAAAGAGGAUAGGCGAGAAUCUGACCGCAGUCGCUAUGGUAGAGGUGGUAUUGAUUCUCAUAAACGUGAUAGGUACUCUAGGGAUGAUAAUUACGGAUCUAAGCGUGAUGAGUACAACAGACAUGAGAGGGAUGCACAUCGUUCUAGCCAUGAUCCAAGAGGUGGCCGACAUUCCGACCGCAGAAGAGUGGAGACUGAACAUAGCAGGUCAAGAAAUGAUUCAGACAGACAUUCCCGUGAUAAGUAUAGCAACUCUGGACAUAGAGUCAAUAGUGAGGAGAAAGGUGAAGGUUUGUCAUCUGGUAGGAGACACGCAGACUCAAGAGUAGAGGAUAAAGAGAAGGAUUACGUGCGGGGGAGAGAUUUUCAAGAUGAGAAAAGAGGUUCUCGCUGGAGUUUUGGUGACCUCCAUUCCCGUGAUGAAAGAAAGGAACAUGAGGACCCUGAGAUUAGAAAGGAGAAGGAUGUUCAUGUCAAAUCUCCAAGAGACCGUUCUGAUGAUAAAUGUUUGGCCACUGAGAAUCGAGAUACUCAUUCUAAGAAAUUGAAGGGGUUCAUAUCAGAGAAGUUUACUACUGGCAGUACUAAUGCAGAAGAGAAACAGACAUCAAUCUUAAAGCCUGAACCCGGUGAUGUUGAUGCUGCAAAAGUUGCAGCUAUGCAGGCUGCUGAAUUAGUGAAUAAAAACCUUGUUGGAACGGGUUACCUGACAACAGAUCAAAAGAAGAAGUUAUUGUGGGGAAAAAAGAAAAGCACGGCUUCAGAAGAGUCUGCUCAUCGUUGGGAUAAUGCUAGUGCGCUAAUUGGUGACCCUGAACGACAAGAAAAAUUCAACAAACUUAUGAGUCUGAGGUUGCGUUGGUGCAUCAUUGUAGGGUGUGAAAGCGAAUAUAGUAAACCAAGAGCAGAACCUGAGCGAAGUCGAGGUGGAGAAGCAGAAAGAGUUGCAGAUGGACCUAGAGAAGCAGUACACAGCAGGGUUAAGGAGGAGAGAUGGGCGAACAGUAGGGUUAGGUCUUUGAACCUUUUUGGUAAAUUAUUAUCAUACUCUCGUCUCCUUCUAAGCAAUCUUGUAGCAUCUUCUUUUUGUACUCUACUACUCUUGCCAAAUCCCUUGAUCACAGUUACCUCAAUGUGUGUAAGAAUUAAGUGCAGUAACCAUGUUUUGAGACCACCCGAGUUUGGUUUUGAUUCCGACCUAAAGAGUGAGAUAUCGAAUUGUUGUCGGGUUUUUUUACAUCUUUGGUCGCCAAUGAAAAUAGAAUUCGUGGACUCAGAAGUGUUAAACUUAUUAAGCGAUACCAUUAGAGCUAUUCAUGUUAAACUGUGAAAGCAUCUUGACAUU